ACCAAUGAAGCUAGAGAGUUUCCUUAUGCAAUGACAAUUAAACACACCAUCAUCAAUUCCCUUUCAAACCAUCCUUCUAACACAUAUGGAUAUUCGUUGUUAUGAUUAUAGUGUUGUUAUCUAAACCAAGCAGCCUUAAGGAAAUUAAUUUACAAGAAUGCCGGAACAGGAACAGUAACAGUUGGCCAAAAAUCUAUUCCAAAAGUAGCCAGCCCCUCUCCCCCUCCCCCUCCCCCUCCCCAUGGUAUAAUAAUAAAGGAAAGCAGAGCAGGUGAGAUGAGAUGAGAUGAGAGCAAUAUAGAAGAUCCGCGUACAAGAUAAGUCCUUCCGCUACUUGCCUGCGGACGCAUCUCAAUUUUCUUUCAUGAUUCUGUUGCAUUUGAAAUUGAGACUCCCAGGGUAAAUUUGGAAUGGCGGCUAGUCACGCUGCGUUGCCCUUCUCUGUGGCGUCAGUAGUGGAAGAUGUUCUUCUGCAACACAGAAAUCGUUCCCGUGGCCUAGACUUGGACACUCGUAGAGCGGAAGAAGCGCUUAUGAGAAGAUGUGAAGCUGCUGCAUGGUUGAGAAAAGUUGUUGGAGUAGUUUCUGCUAAAGAUUUACCAGCGGAGCCGUCUGAAGAAGAGUUUAAGCUUGGUUUGAGAAGUGGCAUAAUUCUUUGCAAUGCACUUAACAAAGUUCAGCCUGGCUCUGUGCAGAAGGUUGUGGAAAGUCCAUGUGACUCGAUACAGAUCCCAGAUGGUGCUGCAUUAUCAGCAUAUCAGUACUUUGAGAAUGUAAGGAAUUUCCUUGUAGCUGUGGAGGAUAUGGGGAUGCCUACUUUUGAGGCAUCUGAUUUGGAGCAGGGAGGGAACACUUCAAGGAUUGUGAAUUGCAUUUUGGCACUUGAAUCCUACAAUGAACGGAAACAGGUAGGAGGAGAUGGGGCCUGGAAAUCUGUUGGGAAUGCUAAAACAACUGCAGCUGGAAAGCAACUUCUCCGCAAAAAUUCUGAGCCGUUUGCCAGUUCCCUGCCAAGAAGUGUGUCGAUGCACGAUGGAUGUUUGAAUAAUGUACGUGCUGAGGCAGAUCUAAACAAAAUGAUGGAUGCAUGUGGUUACUCUGUUUCUUUAACAAUCAUGAUAUUUGUAUUGGUUUUGCUCUUUCUGCAGCCUAGCUCCUCCUUGAGCUUGCUUGUUCGAGCAAUUCUACUGGACAAGAACCCCGAAGAAGUACCAAAUCUUCUCGAAUCUGUUCUAAGUAAGGUUGUCGAGGAGUUUGAGCAUCGAAUUGCAAACCAUUCUGAAAUGAACAAAGGUGGUUUUAGGGACACAAAUAUCUCCCAUGGUAACAAAUUUGUGCCAACACCAACUUCAAACAACAUCAAGACUGUUGCAAUUUCAAAGAGAGAUGGUAGGUUACAGAAGAAUAGCACUGAUGAUGAAGAAUCAGAAGGUAGAUUAUUGAAGCAGCAUUUGAUAGUUGAUCAACAGCAAAAGGACAUCACGGAACUGAAGCAUAGUGUUUCCAUGGCAAAAGCUGGCAUGCAGUUCAUACAAAUGAAAUUCCAUGAAGAACUCCACAACCUUGGCCUCCAUAUUCAUGGACUUGCUAGCGCUGCUUCUGGUUAUCAUAGAGUUUUUGAUGAAAACCGAAAGCUUUACAAUCAAGUCCAGGAUCUAAAGGGUGGAUUCAAUUACUGUUUGUGCAUCAUUCUCUCUCAAUACUUCAAACAUAAUGCUCAAUGGUUUAAUCAAACAGGUAGCAUUAGGGUGUACUGUCGAGUAAGACCAUUCCUCCCUAGACAGAAAAAUUACUUGACAGCAGUGGAUCACAUUGAAGAAGGGUCGAUAACUAUUAACAUGAAUGGAAAAGGGAGGAAAUCCUUCAACUUCAAUAAAGUGUUUGGGCCUGCUGCAACUCAAGAGGAGGUGUUUUCAGACACUCAGCCACUGAUAAGAUCAGUACUUGAUGGUUACAAUGUUUGCAUUUUCGCCUAUGGUCAAACUGGAUCCGGGAAAACUUACACCAUGACUGGGCCGCGGGAUCUGACAGAGCAUAAUCAAGGGAUAAAUUUCAGGGCCUUGCGGGAUUUGUUCCUCCUUGCCGAGCAAAGAAAGGAUACCCUAUGCUACAACAUCUCUGUUCAGAUGAUAGAAAUUUACAAUGAGCAAGUCAGGGAUCUUCUGAGUACUCAUGAAUCAAGAAGUACAUUAGAAAUUCGAAAUAGUUCUCAGACAGGACAUACCGUGCCCGAUGCAAGUCUGUUUAGUGUCUCUACAACAUCUGACAUUAUCAACCUAAUGAAACUUGGACAAAGGAACCGUGCAGUGGGCGCAACAGCACUCAAUGACCGCAGCAGCCGCUCUCACAGUUGUUUGACAGUUCAUGUCCAAGGAAGAGACUUGAUUUGUGGGAACACCCUUCGUGGAUGCAUGCAUCUAGUUGAUCUAGCCGGAAGCGAGAGAGUUGACAAGUCUGAAGCGACCGGUGACAGACUCAAAGAGGCUCAGCAUAUCAAUAAAUCCCUCUCAGCAUUGGGUGAUGUAAUCUCCUCUCUCGCCCAAAAGACUUCACAUGUUCCAUACAGAAACAGCAAACUUACUCAACUGCUCCAGGACUCACUUGGAGGGCAAGCAAAGACCCUGACGUUUGUCCACAUAAGCCCCGAGCCAAACGCUAUGGGAGAAACAAUCAGCACACUUAAAUUUGCUGAACGUGUGGCUAGUGUUGAACUUGGUGCUGCACGAGUGAAUAAAGGUCAUUCUGCUGAUGCCAAGGAUCUCAAAGAACAGAUUGCUAGUCUUAAAGCUGCCUUAACAAGGAAAGAUGGUGGAAGAAAGAUGCAGGAGGCAUCUUUUCAAUCUAAUAUAAAGCUUCCAGAUGCAGGCUUGCAGCCACCAAAUGGGCUAAGGAAACCAAUGAUUGAACACAUAGGCAAUAUUGAGGUUCGCAGGAAAUCAGCUUUGAGGCAAAAGAGGCAAAGUUUGGAUCUCGAUGAGCAACUUGGAGAUUACCCUCCGUGGCUUCCUGUCAGCAGCAGCAGUAGCAGCCCUUUCCAACAUAAUAAUGGAGGGCACGACGAGAGUGAUGUUAACGAGGACGAUGAUUAUGACAGAGAAGUGAGCUCGGGUGAGUGGGUGGACAAGCUUAUGGUGAAUAAGCAAGAUUCUAGUAACGGAACUGCAUAUAACAGGCGGGGCUGUUGGGAAGCUAAUAUAAAUGGCAACAUUGCUUCUGAUGUAAUUUAUCAGAAAUAUCUAUCAGAUUCUUGCAGAUAUUAUUCGGACAGGUCAUUAGGCCUGUUUCCUGCAGAUCAUUAUCAAGUUGAGGCUAAUAGCAAUGAUGACAACAACGACGACGAUGAUGAUGGUCUGGAUGUGGUUGAAGAAACUGGAACCUGCAGCGGGUCAUCUGAGCCAGAUGUGUUCUGGCAAUUCAACAAUUCCAAACAUGGGAGUUUCAGCAGUGAUUCAAAGGUCCAGAUGAGUACAACCAACUCCAAGCAAUCGAAAACCACAGAAUUCAGGACACCUAUUUUAAAAAUGGGGCCUCCGCGAAAAUCAGGAAAUGCAGCAGGUGGCGGGCAAGGCCAUUCUCUGCCUCGGAAUGGAAGGCAGUCAACUGACAGCAUAAAGGGUAAGAAGAGGACUUGAACAAGAAAGAAUUGAAGAGCAGCAACAGAUCGAGGCUGCUCCUUCCAUCAGAUAUGCUGCUGCUUGCAUUGGACUGCACUGGCCAUGUUCAUGUUUCACGCUACACAAGCUCCUUGUUCGCAUUACAAAUUCCCACGGAUUUCCUUGCAUGGGAAAGAUCGAGCAGAUUACCUAUGUUUAAUUUAGCUAACUAAUGGCUGUUAACUAUUAUGAAAAUUUGAAAAUAAAUGCUGAGUGAACACAACAUCAUAAACUCGUAUGUUUUGGGUCCUAUUUGUAUUAUUCAUAAAAUAUUU